ACGGUCUGCGCAAGCGCACUGGGGCGUCCCGAGGCCCCGCUCCCUGAGUGUGGGUGACGGCUCCCAGGUCCUGAGUGCGGUGAGCGGCCGGACUACAAAAGUGUAGGUGACAUGGCCACCCACUGGGAGAGCCUCUUGCAGGAUGAGCAUCUGCUGGAGGAGCUGGCUUUGCAGGCCAGGGAUCGGGCCUUGGCUGAGGGAGUGUUGCUGAGGACUUCGAGGGAACCCAGCUCCUCAGAUGUGGUGAGCUAUGCCCCUUUCACACUCUUCCCCUCGCUGGUCCCCCGAUCCCUGCUGGAGCAAGCCUAUGCUGUGCAGAUGGACUUCAACGUGCUAGUGGAUGCUGUCAGCCAGAACUCUGCCUUCCUGGAGCAAACUCUCUCCAGCACCAUCAAAAGGGAUGACUUUACUGCCCAUCUUUUUGACAUCUACAAGCAAGUCCUAAAAGAGGGCAUUGCUCAGACUGUGUUCCUGGGCCUGAACCGCUCAGACUACAUGUUCCAGCGCAGUGUGGAUGGAUCUCCGGCUCUGAAACAGAUUGAAAUCAACACUAUUUCUGCCAGUUUUGGGGGCCUUGCCUCCCGGACUCCAGCUGUGCAUAGACACGUUCUCAGUGUCCUGAGUAGGACUGAAGAAGCUGCCAAGAUCCUCUCCAAUAAUCCCAGCAAGGGACUGGCCUUGGGAAUCGCCAAAGCCUGGGAGCUCUAUGGCUCAGCCAAUGCUGUGGUGCUUCUGAUUGCUCAAGAGAAGGAAAGGAACAUAUUUGACCAGCGUGCCAUAGAAAAUGAGCUACUGGCCAGGAACAUCCAUGUAAUCCGGCAAAGAUUUGAAGAUGUCUCUGAGAAGGGGUCUCUGGACCAAGACCGGAGGCUGUUUAUGGAUGGCCAGGAAGUUGCUGUGGUUUACUUCAGGGAUGGCUACAUGCCCAGUCAGUACAGCAUAAAGAACUGGGAAGCACGCCUACUGCUGGAGAGGUCAUGUGCUGUCAAGUGCCCAGACAUUGCCACCCAGCUGGCUGGGACUAAGAAGGUGCAGCAGGAGCUGAGCAGAGUGGGCGUGCUGGAGGCGCUGCUCCCUGGCCAGCCCGAGGCUGUGGCCAGACUCCGUGCCACUUUUGCUGGUCUCUACUCACUGGACAUGGGUGAAGAAGGGGACCAGGCCAUUGCUGAGGCCCUUGCUGCUCCAAGCCGGUUUGUGCUAAAGCCCCAGAGAGAGGGUGGAGGUAACAACCUGUAUGGGGAGGAAAUGGUACAGGCCCUGGUGCAGCUGAAGGACAUCGAGGAGAGGGCCUCCUACAUCCUCAUGGAGAAGAUUGAACCUGAGCCUUUUGGGAAUUGCCUGCUACGGCCUGGCAGUCCUGCCAGAGUGGUCCAGUGCAUCUCAGAGCUGGGUAUCUUCGGAGUCUAUGUCAGGCAGGGAAAGACACUUGUGGUGAACAAGCAUGUGGGGCAUCUACUUCGAACCAAAGCCAUCGAACAUGCUGACGGUGGUGUGGCAGCAGGAGUCGCAGUCCUGGACAACCCAUACCCUGUGUGAGGACACAGCCCGACUAGCCUGGACUUCACUCAAGAGACCUUUUAUCCCCUACCCUUGUCAUUCCUCUCCUAACCCUCCCGAGGGGUUGUCCUCCUUCCAUCUUAGGAGGGCUGGUCUCUUCCAAGACCUCCAGGAUCUUCAGGGAAUGGUAAAUGCUUCAGUUCUCCAUCUGAAGAUGAGAAAGUUGUGUUUCCCCAAAUCCUUUGGGUGUGGGAAGUGAAGCUCCUUUGACAUAAACUCUGCCACCCUCCUGUUGGCCCCUCAUCAGUCUUUCCAGCAAGUUUUAGUGCCUGACUUGGGAUAUGACCAAGUAGUAGGAGGAGGAGAGUACAGGGGCAUAGCCUUUCCCUAGAUCUGCCUUAAAUAAAACUACAUUGCUGAUUCCAUGAUUUGUUGCUUUGUGUACAGAGGUUGGGGAGUGUUAGGAUCUAGGUCAGCCCACAAAAGAUGGACUGGAGCAGGGAAGGUAACUGAGCUAUAAUCGGUCUCCUUAGACCUUGAGCCUAUGGAUGGGACCCUGAAACUCCAGCC